AAGUUAAAAAAAUAAUCUGCGAAACGGCCACUUAAUCUGCAUUCAUAAUCCAAUUAAUGGAAGAUUCUACAAGCUCAGCAAACAUCCUCUUACAAGAAUUUCCGGGACGGACACUUCCGACCGUCGGCCUGCGAUCAAAUCAAAGUUCCUGGGUUCUUAACUGCUGCCCCAUCUCGGUUUUUCCUGUUGAUAAUUGUGAAGAUAGUGGUGUUCUUUUGUGGUUUCGCCCAGCUCCUCUUCCUUUUUUGUUUGUGAUGAUGAUUGGAUAUAAAUUCAUAUGCAAGCAAGGAUUAUGGAGUUUAUUGUUUAUGUUGUUGGAUGUACAAGGAUGAAUUAAGAAUAAAAUUCUGGCCGUAUAUCAUUGGGUAACCAGUGCUUUAAGGGACAUUUGGUGCUUGUUGCAGCGGAAUUUCUUACAGAUAGGUACAAUGAACAAUAGCAGUAAUAGGCAGAGAAACCUCGGACCAGGGGUCCAAUAUUUGCUGGAUUAUCUGAAAAGAAUGCAGGCUGAGAAUCCCGGUUUCUUUUAUGCAACUGAGGGUGAUAGUGAGCACUGUGGAAAUGUGUUUUGGACCGAUGCGACUUCCCGGGCAAAUUAUAGCUAUUUUUGGGACACUGUUAGAGUUGAUACGUCAUAUCGGACAAACCGUUCUAAGAUACCAUUUAUCACUUUCACGGGCAUAAACCAUCAUGCUCAGCCUGUCCUCUUUGGCUGUGCAUUGCUUUUGAAUGAAUCUGAUAGCUCUUUCAUUUGGCUGCUCCAAACAUGGCUUCGAGCAAUGUCUGGACGAAGCCCUGUCUCGAUCACUUGUGAUCCUGAUCGACUCAUUCAGAUGGCUGUGGCACAAGUUCUUCCAGAAGCACGCAGUCGUUUUUGUAGAUGGAGCAUAUUCAGACAGACACAGGACAAGUUGUCUAAUGUAUAUCAAACAAAUUCUACUUUUGAUUUUGAGUUCCAAAAGUGCGUCAAUGAAGCCGACACAGUCGAGGAGUUUGAGUCUUGUUGGGCAACCCUCUUGAGUAGAUACUACUUGAUGGAUAAUGAAUGGCUUCAGUCUUUAUAUAAUAUUCGUGAUCAAUGGGUUCCAAUUUAUCUGAGAGAUGUGUUCUUUGGGGAAUUAUCCACAGUGGAGCACAAUGAUGCCUUAAGUUUGUUCUUUGAUGGGCUUUUGAGUACCUCCACCACCAUACAGUUGUUAAUUAAACAGUAUGAAAAGACCAUUUCGAGUUGGCAUGAAAAGGAAUUGAAGGAUGAUUUUGAUACUUCUAAUACUACACCAGUUCUGAAGACACCAUCCCCUAUGGAAAAGCAAGCUGCUAAUCUUUAUACUAGGAGGAUAUUCAUGAAAUUUCAAGGGGAACUGGUUGAAACUCUUGCUAAUCCUGCAACUAUAGUGGAUGACUCUGGUACAGUAAUCACAUAUCGGGUUGCCAAAUUUGGUGAAGAGCACAAAGCUCACACAGUUAGGUUCAACGCAUUUGAGAUGAAAGCUACUUGUAGUUGUCGAAUGUUUGAGUUCUCAGGUAUUAUUUGUAGGCAUGUACUCUCAGUUUUCAGAGCAAAAAAUGUGCUUAUGCUCCCUCCUGAGUAUGUUCUGAAACGCUGGACAAGAAAUGCAAAGACUGGUGUUGGAGAAUCCGAACCUGAUUCUGCUUUUGGGUUGCCUAGCAAUUCUCAGGAUUCUCCAAUUAUUCGCCAUAAUAAUUUACGCCAAGAGGCUGUAAAGUAUGUGGAAGAAGGUGCGAAAUCUAUACAUGUUUACAAUGUGGCAAUGAGUGCUCUGCAAGAAGCUUCAAAACGAGUUUCUGCUGCAAAAUGCAAAAAUUCAGGAACCACACUGGGGACAAGCGAAGCUAAUGGAGGAAAUCUGGAGAUGCAUGCAAUUGAGAACCAAUCUGCAUCAUGUUUAUCAAGGGAAGAGAAGGAUAAGAAAAUUCGUGAACUAAGCACCGAGUUGGAACGGACAAAUCAAAGGUGUGAAGUAUAUCGUGCGAUUCUACUUGCACUUUUUAGAGACAUUGAAGACCAGAAGUUGAAGCUCUCAGUGAAGGUCCAAAAUGCUCGUCUUUCGUUGAAAGAGUGAAUAGAUAAGUCAUUCGUUUCUGUUUCCAUCUGUUUUGACUUGCACAGCGCUCCUCAGCUUUUUCUUUUCGGAAAAUUCAUGCUACCCAGUUAGGUAAUACCUCAGUGGCGUUUAUGAGUCGUUGGAUAUGUAUGUGAGGACUUGAAGUCUAUUACAUUUCUGGCAAAAACAUGGGAUGAUUUCUUUACCCCUUUGUGUGACCGAAUUACGGUUGACAUUUAUGUGUUUGCUGCUUGUUAA